AUGGCCACUGCGGUCGAACCAACCUCUCCGGUCGACGGACCGCGGUCGCCAGACCCAACGACCCCAAAGACAUCGCGAGACAAUGAACUCCCUCUACCGCCCGUGCCUCCUCUGGCCGGUCCUUCGAACGGAGUACCUGACCCUGCGGACAGGGAACGCCUCCAGCAUAUUCUAUCUUCCGAUAUUGGAAUAACCACACUUCUCGGAAGGCUAAAGCAAAGCAUUGCUUCUACAAGAGAAUUCGCCGCCUUUCUGAAAGAACGAUCUGUCCUCGAAGAGAAGCACGCGCAAGGACUCAAAAGACUAAGUCGCAGUACCCACGACCAAAUACGACGGCCUGAGAACAGACAAGGUUCGUUCGCACAGAAUUAUGAAGAAAUCACGCGUAUCCACGAUCGCAUGGCCGACCAUGGUCUGCUGUUCGCCAACACCCUGUAUGCCAUGUCGGAGGAAUUGUCGGAGCUUGCAGCCAAUACAGAAAGAGCACGGAAACACUGGAAGCAAACGGGAUUGAAUGCGGAGAAGCGCUUUCAGGACGCCGAGGCUGCCAUGGAAAAGGCAAAGGCCAAGUACAAUUCAUUGGCAGAGCAAUACGAUCGAGCAAGGACCGGAGAGAAGCAGCCAGGCCGGUUUGGCAUCAAAGGAACCAAAUCUGCUGUGCAGCAAGAGGAAGACUUGCAUCGUAAACUUGAAGCCGCGGACGGCGACUACGCCUCCAAAGUGCAGGCUGCACAGACUAUCCAGCAGGAACUCCUGCACACCUACAGGCCACAGACUGUCAAUGCCUUACAGGAUCUUAUUAGAGAGAUUGAUGCUGGCGUGGGCGUGCAGAUGCAGAAGUUCGCCGGCCAGACCGAGAAGUUGAUCCUGGGCUAUGGCCUCUCCAUCACGCCAUUGAAGGGACAGUCGCCGGCCUCCAGAAGCCUCCGCGAAGUGGCUUCUAGCGUCGACAACGAAAGAGAUCUACUUGAGUACGUGUUGAGUUUUAGUGGCAAGGCCAGCUCUGCACCAAAGGACAUCAAGUACGAAAAGCAUCCUGCUUUGUCGCCCAAGCAGCAGCAAUUGAAUUCUCCAUUCAACCAGCCACCGGCGGCGGACCCGUAUGGACAAAGCUAUGCGCCCCAGCACCAUGGUCGACAGGUGUCUGGCGCGGCUCCUUACCAAGGAGACGGCUAUCCAGGACCAGGCCCGCAACAUCAACAGCAGUAUGUAAUUGGAGGAGGAACAGGCCCGUCAUCCGGUUACGGGCCUCCUCCUCGACCGCCUCCGCCGCCGGCUCAGCAGUUCUUUGAACGGGAUGAACCGCGUUCUGAGCCGCCUUCUGAGCCGCCUCAACUGCCGCAGAUUGACACUCUGGGAACAGACAGAUUUGCGGGCCAAACGUCCGGGACUGUCAGUACAGGUCAGCCCGAUAGGCACUACCACCCGCCUCCUGCACAGGUCACGGGCACUUCAGGUCAGCCAGCGGUUUCUGAGUUUGAGAAGUCAAACUUUCGCUCUCCUGUGUCGUCUAUCGAGCCAGAGCAUCCUCUACCACAGCAAUACGGCCAUCUCCCGCCAGGGCCGAACACCGUCGAUCAGCGUACCCCAUCAGGGUACUCGGCGCAGUCGCCGAAUGACCCUAUAGGGUCCCGCCCGCCCCGAGGAUCUUCACUCGAACGACCUUCCGAUUACGGCUAUAAGGAACCACGCUUACGAGGUCAGUCACAGCCAGCUACGGUUUUCUCGCAGGUCACGGUACCUCAUUCACCGGAAACAUCAGCACCAGCAGAAAGACCUGGUGCAGGCAUACAAGGAGAAGGCUCGCGAUCAUUCGGCUCAGGACAUGGCGCUCCGCCGGGGUUUCCCCGAGCAGAACCUGGUCCAGGAUCGGCUGGAAUCCCUUCUCAGAGACCUCCGCAGGGCUCUCUUGGCGCAGCUCCCUGGGCGCAACAUCCCGUGUCCGGUGGCAGCGUCGCCUCUCCGACCUCGAGAGGACCGUCUGGUCAAAGGCAUGGACCUCCGGUCAAGCCUGUGUUCGGGGUUUCGCUGGAUGAACUGUUCCAACGGGAGGGUGCUGCCGUCCCCGCCAUCGUACGGCAAUGUAUCCAGGCCGUCGACCUCUAUGGACUCGAUGUUGAGGGCAUCUACCGAACAUCCGGGUCCGCUCAUCACAUCAUGGAGCUGAGGCAAUUAUUUGAUCAUGAUGCCACUUCGGUGGACUUCCGCAAUGCCGCGGCCUUUUACAACGACAUUGCCUCUGUCACCACGUUGCUCAAGCACUUUUUACGAGAACUGCCGGAUCCGUUGCUCACUGCCGCGCAGUACCAUGCGUUCAUUGAGGCCGCCAAACUGGAAGACGAUAUUGUGCGCCGAGACUCGAUUCACGCUCUGGUCAACUCUCUGCCGGACCCUAACUAUGCCACGUUACGGGCGUUGACGCUCCAUCUAUACCGUGUUGCCCAGCACAGCGAUCGGAACAAGAUGACCAUCAGCAAUUUGGCGAUUGUGUUUGCCCCCACGCUCAUGGGCCAGCAUGGCCCAGGUGGUGCGAAUGGCGGUUCUGGUCCUGACAUUGCCGACGCCGGAUGGCAGGCCAAAGUCGUCGAGACGAUUCUGAACCACACGUACCAGAUCUUUGAUGACGACGAAUAA